CGCGCGCGCGUGUGUGUGUGUUUGAGUGCGUGUGUGCGUGUGCGUGCGCGCGCGUACCGACGUAGCACUGCUUCCGCAAUCAAAAGCAGCGUCGUUUCUGCUCUCGGCUCGCAGACAGAAGAGAUGUUUCCGUGAAUAUAAUGAGCUGCUGAGAGACGGUCGGUGAGCGCGAGGCUGGAGGGAGGGUGAGGACGCGCGCGCGGAUUACUGCGGAGAAUGUUGGACAAGGGGAUAACCGGUACCGGCCCGUUAACGUCCACUGUAUCCACGGAGAGAGGAUGGAGACAGAAGGGGGAGAAAAAGCACGCGCUUCACGUAGCCUCGUGAUGGGGAAUAUCUGAGGAUUUCUGUGUGUCAUUGCGGAUUGGACUGUGCCGUAGUGUCCGGGUGCAUCCGUGUGUGUGUGUGUGUGUGUGUGUGUGUGUGCGCGUGCGUGCGUGCGUGUGUGUGCGUGCGUGCGUGCGUGUGUGUCAUGGGCUGAAAAGAGCCAAGCAAGAGGAGAGGGAUCGAAGAAAGCAAAUUAGCACCUGUUAACAGAAUAGAAUCGGCAAAUAUCAAUUUGUGAGUCCCCAAAACACCACGUUAAGCCUAAUGGACUAACAUCCAUGCUCACCGUCUUGUGGAUCUUUCUGUGGAGGCGAGUCGGAUUCUGAACCCAAGUCGACUACUAACUGCUCUAAAAGUUUUGUUUUCCCCCAGACAUUGGCACAUGGAUUUCAAGACCUCAAAAGAAGAGACAAAGACGGGGAUUUAUCUGCUGCAAGAUGGUAACGAAGAGCCCUUCAACAUCCGACUGCACUUGUCCAAAGACAUUCUAACGAUCCAAGAGCAAGACGUUAUUUGUGUAUCCGGGGAACCGUUCUACUCUAGUGAAAGGACCGUAACGAUACGACGCCAGGCGAUCGGAGGAUUUGGUUUAAGUAUAAAGGGUGGUGCAGAGCACAAGAUCCCUAUUGUGAUUUCCAAAAUAUCAAAAGAGCAGAAGGCUGAGCUCUCUGGUCUUCUGUUCAUAGGAGACGGGAUUCUCCAGAUAAACGGAAUAAAUGUCAGAAGUUAUCGCCAUGAAGAAGUUGUUCAGGUUCUACGGAAUGCUGGAGAGGAAGUAACACUAACCGUGUCUUUCCUGAAAAGGACGCCCGCCUUUUUAAAGCUACUGCUCUGCGAAGACUGCACAUGUGUACCAAGUGACCAGAGCAGCGGGACAUCGUCUCCACUGUGCGACAGUGGCCUACAUCUGAACUAUCACCCGAACAAUACGGACACGUUGUCUUGCUCAUCUUGGCCUAUGUCCCCAGCACUACGCUGGGAGAAGCGAUGGGUGGAUCUACGUCUCAUCCCGCUCCUCCACGCUCGUCUCUCACAGUACAUCCCCGGCUCUGACAUCUGCAGGCAAAAUGCAUUCCAGGUCGUUGCAGUAGAUGGGGUUUGCAGCGGGAUAAUCCAAUGUCCUAAUGGAGAAGAAUGCACUGACUGGCUUCAAGCAAUAGCAUCCAAUAUAUCUGCUCUCACGAAGCACAAUGUGAAGAAGAUUAACAGAAACUUUCCUGUAAAUCAGCAGAUUAUCUACAUGGGAUGGGUAGAAGAGAAGGAGCAGGACUCUGUUCAGGACCGCAUGUACACGCCAAAGUUCCUGGCGUUAAGGGGUUCAUCUCUUUUCAAAUUCUCAGCACCUCCAGUAACGACCUGGGACUGGACCAGAGCUGAACAAAGCUUUACUGUCUAUGAGAUCAUGUCCAAGAUCCUUAAGGACAGCGAGCUGCUUGACAAGCGACGGCAGUGUUUCAGUGUGCAGAUGGACACGGGUGAGGACACUGUGUUCAGUGUGGAGCUGGAGAGCGAUCUCGUGCUCUGGGAGAAGGCCAUCCAGAUGGCCACCUUUCUUGAGGUGGAAAGAAUACAGAGCAAAACGUACGCCUGCAUCUCAGAGAGCCACCUGAUGGGGCUCACCAUAGACUUCGCCAUGGGCUUCGUCUGCUUUGAUGCAGCAUCAAAGGUGGUGUUGUGGCGCUACAAGUUCUCCCAGCUGAAAGGGUCCUCCGAUGACGGCAAGAGCAAAAUCAAGUUUCUCUUCCAGAACACAGACACGAAGCUCAUCGAGGCCAAGGAGCUGGAAUUCUCCAACCUUUUUGCUGUCCUGCACUGCAUCCAUGCGUUUUUUGCUGCCAAAGUGGCGUGUCUGGAUCCGAUGUUUGUGGGCAGUCCGAGUUCCUCGGCAGCUACCGCGAUGCCCACGCUGACCUCAGUCACCUCCCUGGGUCAGGCUGGGAGGUUGAAGUACUUGAGUUGAAUGACUCUUACCGUCUUCAGUUGCGGAUUUAAAAACACUAGACGGUCUGCGGCGGCGUUGACCCGCCUUCUUCUCGGACUAUGUAAAACAGCCUGCUUACAUUGGGCCAAAGACUGAAAUAACCGAAGUGUGAUGUGAUAUAUUUUGAAUAACGGAGUGGCAGUGUGUAUGUACGUGUGUGUUCGGCUGGUGUUUCCUAACAGCGUGUGCUUUUAAAACAUUCUUUUAACCCA